GUUGCCGGAGAAACAGAAGAGCGUCGGCUUGCUCUGCCUGCUGGUAGAAGCUAGCUGCUAGUUAGCUUGUCAGAGUUGUUUUCGGAGCUCACUGGCGUUUAUAAAUCCACUUUUUAAUGUCAGUGAGUUAACGUGAUGGUUGUUUAACUGGUUAACGUCUCGUUUAGUUCAGUUAUUGUUCGAUAAUAGUGAGCUGCGGUGGCUUAAACAGCAAACAAGGUGAGCUCCGAGUACACUAGCGGCUAGUGCUCACGGCUAUGCUGUAACUUGUGACCGUCACUUUCUUUACGAUGAAAUUAUCAACAAAACGUUGAGAGGCUUUAACAGCGGAGAUGGAGCCAAUAGAGGCUAAGGAGGAGGCUGCGGUGAUGGAGCUGAAGAGACAGCUGGAGAAAGAAGACCUGAACCCGGAGCAGAAAGUCAGCCUGCUCAACAACAGCUUAAACAAGGUUCUGAACGAUGCGGCGCUGCAGACGGACGGCGGUGUGUUGAACAGUAUGAAGUCUCAGCUGUAUCGGAGCGGCGUCCUGAGUCACUGCGCCCGCCUUCUCUCUCUGGAUCCCAGAAGUCUGCGGGGAAACUGGGGCGCCGCCGCCACGCUCGCCCAGCUCACCAGUUCCUGCUGUGUUGGGGUGGAGCCUGGAAAACACUCACAGGCCUUUCAUAGGCUGUUCCUGCCCUCAGUCAUGGACGGCCUCUUGUCAUUGGCCAGUCAACUGAUGAGGCGGGCAGAGUGGCUGUCUGUCUUCAGGAGGGUGAUGGACUCAGUGGGCUGGCUGCUCAGAGCUCACACACAACUCACCUCUCAGGUUCUCAGCUCUGUCCACUACGAGCAGAUCCAGAUGUGUGAUGAAGUCAGUGUGUCUCUGCUUUGUGUCCAGAUGUGGAUUCAAACCUGCACAGCUAGCAGGGACUUCCUCUCGGGGUUGAGCGACGACUCUGUCAUGCUGCUGCUCAAUGAGGCCGUCGGCCAAUUAGCCAUCAGCUCUGACCCGGAGGUGGGCGGGGCCUCUGUCAGACUGAUCCUCCUGGUGGCCAGUCAACAGGAGGUCCGGGUCCGGCCCCUCCUCCUCCGCUUCAGAGGUCUGGACAGCCUAUUGGACAAAGACUGGAGGGGGCGGGGCUUUGAUCAGGAUGUGGAUCAGCUGAUUAAACUCAUCCAGUCUGACACACAGAGUCACCCACAGGUGUGUUCUGAGCGUGUGUGGGCGGCGUGCUUGAUCCAGGCAGCGUGGAGGUCAUAUCAGACCAGACGUAGAGUGAAGAGCCUGAACAGGGCGGUCAGCACGCUGCAGAGGAGAUACAGGGCUCGGAGGAGGCAGCAGGAGCAGCAGAAGGAGGCGCAGCGAUGGGAGGAGGAGUUGAAGUAUCAGGUAUGUGUAAGGCGUCAGCAGGCGAGGAGGGAGUUCCACCAGAAACAGAGACAGCUGCUGCAACUGCUUCCUCCUGACCAGGUGCAGUCGUACCUGCAGGAGUGUGAGCGACGGGCAGCCGUGGUGAUCCAGAGCUUCUGGAGAGGCUUCAUAGAAAGACGACGCUACAACAACAAUACACGCCGACAGACACACACACAGCAGCAGCAGCAGGCUGCCAGGAAGCUGCAGAGAGCGGUGCGUCUUUUUCUGCAGAAACGACGGGCCAUGAAUGUCACACCCGCCACGUCUUUCUGGAUUGGUCAGAAUGGUUUGACGGACAGCCGGAGGGUGGAGCUAAAGAGACAGGUGGAGGAAUACGUCUCUCUGCAUCCUUCAUUCCGUGUGUCCCGUCAGGAGUGCGAGCACCUCCACGAGGAGGUGCAGCUGCUACUGAUGUCGGAGCUGCAGAGAGGAGAUCGUCAGAGGAGGGAGGAGCAGAGGGUGGAGGCUCUGCUGGCUCACACACACACACAGCUGGAGCUGCUCAGAGAUGCCCCGCCCCUCUCUGUCAUCACAGCUGCAGACGCUGACGCCCUCCUGAGCCCCUCAGGCCCUAUCGCCGCCCGAGCCCGUGAUGCCCACAAUGCAGCGCUGCAGGCUCACAGGCUGCCCUGGUGGAGGAUGCUGGGAGAAAAUGUUGGCGACGGUGGGGGCAGCAACACAUUUAGCUCCUCCCACCUGCAGCUGGAGGCACAGCUUGGAGGACUGUUUGUCAGCGGGUCAGCAGGCUUCACUGAGGUGGACGGACCGAACCUUUAACCUGAGAACUGUUUUAAUCUGAGUUCAGGUGGGUUCCAGAGGAAACCAGACGAGCAUGUGAGUUUUAAAGGAGCAUUUUAUUAGAGAUUAACAUGUUUUAAUAUAUUUAAAUUGUGUUAAAAUAUAGUAAACUAUGAGACAUAACUUGAAAUAAUUUUUAUUUGUAAACAAAAUUCCAAACUCUGUAAAGUCUGUUUCCCUGUAACACCUUCCCCAAUUAACCCUAUUUUUGAAUAAUAAAUUCUAUUUUUUUUA